AUGGGUUUUGUAGGAGCAGCGACUACCUCACUCCACUCUCCGCUGCUAUACCCAUUUCUCUUCCCUUAUUCUUCUUCAUCUUCUUCUCGUCGUCAUCGAAAUACUAACCCCCGUUCUCCCGUUGUAUGUUGCUCUCACCAUCACCACGAUCCAAUAUGCAACAAAAGGGCAUUUCUUUUCAUGGGUGUCGCUGUUCUUCCCUUUCUCCAAUUCGACACUGCUCCUGCUCUUGAAGGAAUCAUUCCAUCCCCAAUCCUCGUGUUCAUUUCAUCUCGUGUUCGUAGACAGCGGCUCCCUUCAUUUCGGGACUCUGUUCGCAGUCGACGUCUCCGCUCUAUUCGCAGACAACGAAUGCUUUCCGACGAUGUCCCGUUGCCUACCUUUAGUCUCAAUGUCUCCCUCUCAGACGUUGUCUCUUCCUCAUCUGUAUCUUCACCUGCUUCUGCAAAUUCAGAAGAAAGUGAGGUGAAGAUACCAGAGGAUAAAAAGCAAGCAGAGACAGCACCUGAAAUGCAGAAACCAUCAAGUUCCUUAGUGUCUCUUCUGAAUGGAAUUGGAAUUGUAUCUUCUGGUCUGUUGGGUGCUCUUUAUGCACUCUCUCAGAAAGAAAAGUCUGCUGCUGUUGCAACAAUAGAAACAAUGAACAACAAAUUGAAGGAAAAAGAAGAGCAAAUUGUUUCUUUAAAGAGGAAUUACGAAUUGAAGUUAUCAAAUGAACAGGAGGAACAAGCCAAGCUACUUGGAAAGGCAAAAGAAGAGCAGAAUGCACUGAUAGACCAACUAAAUUCUGCAAAGAGUACCGUCACUGGUUUGGGAAAUGAGCUAAAAAGCGAGAAAAGUUUGAUUGCCGAGCUGAAACUUCAAAUUGACAGGCUUGAAAUUAACCUUUCAAAGACCAAUACGGAUAAGAAAGACCUUGAAAACAAUUUGAAAGAAAAGGUAGAUUCUAUUGAAAUUUUACAGAAAAGAAUUGAUCUGCUGAGUGAAGAUCUUAAGGACAAAGAAAAUGCCGUACAGAAUCUGAAUUCAUCCCUUGCAGAUAAGGAGUUGGAAUUGAGGAAUUUGAAUUCUACUUAUGACCAAACCAAGGAUGAGUUAUCCAAUACUCAUGUGCAUAUUCAAGGGUUGAAAGAUGAAAUACUGAAAAGCCAAGAGAAACUAGAAGGAAAGGAUUCCUUGUUGAUUGAACUAAAUUCGAGAAUAGACGCGUUAACUCUCGAGAACAAUAACUUUAGGAGCGAAUAUGAUGUAUUGGAGAAGGAAUACAAUGACCUAAAGUUGACUACUGAAAAGAAGGCUGUUUUUGAUGCUAAGGUUUUAAAAGAAAAGGAAGACGGGCUUCAUCAGCUAACGGAUAAACUUGAACUCGCCCUAAAUGAAUUGAGCAAAAACCAGGUAAUCAUAGCUGAUUUGACCCAAGAACGAGAAGGUUUAAAGGAGACGCUGCAGAAUGAAUCUAAAAAAGUGGAUAAUUUGAAGUAUGAACUUCAAGUAACUCUGGAGAAUCUUGAAAAUUCAAGAAGUGACUCUUCCGAACUUGAAAAACAGCUGAAUGAGUCAAAUAGUCUGCGCAGAGAGCUUGAGCUUCAAGUCUCUAACCUUUCAGCUGAGCUCACCAAAGUUAAGGAGUCACUACAGUGGAAACUCGAUGAUAUGAGUCUCGAAGCUGAAAAACUUGCCAAUGAGCUAAUGACUGUAAAGGAACAUUUGAAGAAAGCAGAAGCUGAGCUGCAGAGUACAUCACAUGAGCUAACUGCUACUCUUGAAAACCGUGAUACGCUCCAAAGAGAAUUAAUUGAGGUCUACAAAAAGGCUGAAGCCACAUCAGAGGAUUUGAAGGAAGAAAAGAAGUUAGUUACUUCUUUGAACAAAGAUUUACAAGCUUUGAAGAAGCAAGUCUUGAAGGACAAGGAGUCGCGGAAAACUAUUGAAUUGGAUCUCGAGGAAGCUACCAAAUCACUGGAUGAAAUGAACCGAAAUUCAGCGAUCCUUUCUAAUGAGCUAGAAGGUUCUAAAUCUCUUAUUUCUAGCCUUGAAAAUGAGAAAGAGGUUCUUACAAAAUACCUUACAGAACAAAGAACUGCAAGCAAAGAGGCUCAAGAAAACAUUGAAGAUGCUCAUAACCUCAUCACUAGACUUGGCAAAGAAAGAGAGAGUUUAGAGAGAAGAGGGAAGAAAUUGGAAGACGAAUUGGCUUCUGCCAAGGGUGAAAUAUUGCGGCUGAGAAGUCAGAUCAAUACUUCAAAACCAAAAGAUGUUGUUAACAAUGAGCAGCGAGUACAAAAAAAUGAAGGCGAAACCCAAGAAGCCACUGUAAGUGCACGGAAGAAUGUUCGAAGAAGAAAGACUAACCCUUCAUAA